GACUACAUCUCCCAGCAGGCAGCGCGCUCCGGGGACCGUCCAUUUCCGGGAACGGCGGCGCGUCCCUCGCUUGGCAGAGGCGGCGGCUGCCCGGAGCGGGCCUGGCUCGGCGGCUCGGUGUGAGGAGCCUCCUGGGGCCGACGGCAGAACGCGGUGAGACCGAGGAGGUCUCCGGACUAUCGGCGCCAUGCUUAACAUGUGGAAAGUGAGGGAGCUGGUGGACAAGGCCACCAAUGUGGUUAUGAAUUAUUCAGAAAUAGAGUCUAAGGUUCGAGAAGCAACCAAUGAUGAUCCAUGGGGACCUUCAGGGCAACUCAUGGGAGAGAUUGCCAAGGCAACGUUUAUGUAUGAACAGUUUCCAGAACUUAUGAACAUGCUUUGGACUCGCAUGCUGAAAGACAAUAAAAAGAACUGGAGGAGAGUUUAUAAGUCUUUGCUGCUCCUAGCUUACCUCAUAAGGAAUGGAUCAGAGCGUGUUGUUACAAGUGCCAGAGAACACAUUUAUGAUUUGCGAUCCCUGGAAAAUUACCACUUUGUAGAUGAAAAUGGCAAGGACCAGGGUAUUAAUAUACGCCAGAAGGUAAAAGAAAUGGUUGAAUUUGCACAAGAUGAUGAUCGACUUCGGGAAGAAAGGAAGAAAGCAAAGAAGAACAAAGACAAAUACAUUGGUGUUUCUUCGGACAGUGUAGGAGGGUUCCGAUAUAGUGAAAGAUACGAUCCUGAGCCCAAGUCAAAGUGGGAUGAAGACUGGGAUAAAAAGUCUUCUUUCCCAUUCAGUGAUAAGUUAGGUGAGCUAAGCGACAAAAUUGGAAGCACAAUCGAUGACACCAUCAGCAAGUUCCGAAGGAAAGACAGAGAGGACUCUCCAGAACGAUGCAGUGACAGUGAUGAGGAAAAAUCAAGAAGAAGCAAAUCUCCCAAAGCUGAAUUUAAAAAUGAAGAGGAGACUGUGACAACCAAACAUAUUCAUAUUACGCAGGCUACAGAAAUUAUCACCAGCAGACACAAACGUUCAGCAAAUCCUUCAAAAACCAUUGACUUAGGAGCAGCAGCACAUUAUACAGGUGAUAAAGCAAGCCCAGAACAGAAUGCUGCAUCUCAUGCUGGGCAGCCUACAGCAAAGGUUUCUGGCAGCAAAUCAUCUAAUGACCUGGUUGAUCUGUUGUUUGAUGGAGCAAGCCAGCCAGUCGCAACAGAUGUAUCAACUGACCCAUUUGGAGGAUUUGCUGAUUUUAGUUCAGCUGCUGCUUCAGCAAGUUUCCCAUCAUCACAAGGUACAACAACAAGUGGAAAUGGAGACUUUGGAGACUGGAGUGCCUUCAACCAAGCUUCUCCUUGUCCCAGUGCUUCAUCUGGUGAGCUGUUCAGCAGCUCAGCACAGCAGCCAGCUAUAGAGCUCUUCAGUGUCUCACAGCCGGCUUCUGGCCAGCCUCCAGCUGCUUCAAAUUCUACAGAUCUUUUUGAUUUGAUGGGACCCUCUCAGACAACCAUGACCUCUUCACAAAGUAUGAAUUUCUGUAUGAUGAACUCCAAUGCUGUGGGCAUCGGUUUACCCAUGUCGAGGUCACAGCCCCUGCAGAGCGUGAACACUAUGAUGCCGAAGCCUAAUUCUCUUUAUAAUGCAAGCACGGAGGUGCAGAAAAGUGCAAGCAAAACUCUACCUGCAACUUGGUCAGAUCCUAGUGUAAAUAUCAGUUUGGACAAUUUAGUACCUGGGAUGCAGCCUUCCAAACCCCAGCAGCCAUCACUUAAUACCAUGAUGCAGCAACAAAAUAUGCAACAACCUAUGAAUGUCAUGACUCAAAACUUUGCAGCCGUGAACCUCAAUCCUCAACCUAACAUGAUGCCUGUUCGACCCCAGACAAGCCCACUGAUGGGAGGGUCCAUUCCUGUGGGGAUGGGAAUGCCCAGUGUGAUGCCAGGUACGAUGGGGAUGACCUCCAUGGGACCCAUGCCUAUGUUGAACCAGGGAACGAUGGGAAUGAACAUGAACAUGGGAGUGCCAGCUACAGGAAUGGGUUUGACAGGCACAAUAGGAAUGGGAAUAACCAACAUCUCUAUGACCUCUAUGACUCCUGGGACUGUACAACCCAAGCAAGAUGCCUUUGCAAAUUUUGCCAAUUUUAGCAAAUAAAGAUUGUAAAAAUAAAUAAAAAUAAAUGGGCAGGCUGAAUGAAGGAUUUUUAGCUGUACAAAUAUAGCUGGGAAGGGAUGGAAAACACUGAUCAAUACAUCUUUCUUUUUUUUUUUUCUUUAUCAGUUCAAGUAUCUACAUAAAGAACCAAAAGCUAUUUUCUAAAUGUUGAAAUAACUAGUGUUCAAAUUCUGGAGAGAUGAAAGGUUCUUCUAAGGAAUGUAUUAAAUGAUUUUGCAAAAUGAUUUGUAUUGAGACCAUCAAAGCCUUUCCUAGGUAGAAGAACCAAUUUUAACCGUGGGACUUGAUGGAAGACUGGAAUGGGGGUUGAGGAAAAAUGAUUGAAUCUAAUUUUAUACUUUUCUUUUUCUUGAAGAGCUUUGACUUUCUUUUCCCCCCUUCCCCUGAUCACUUUGUCAUAAUUGGAUCAUUCCUUUUACUACCACUCUGAGUCCACAAUUGAAGUCACUCAAGUACAAUAAUCAGUUUUUUAUAAGAAUAUAUAUUUUUGUCCAAAAAAAUGGCCUACAUAUGUGAUUAUGGCUAAUUCAAAGGGACCUGGAAUGUAUAUAUACUUUUGCUAAUGUUCCAGCCGCACUGCUGUAUUACUCAAAUUUUUAUUGUAAAAACCGUCUCUCAGCAAUUUGGUGAUCACACGAUUUUUGGGGCAUUACGUGCCACUAUUGUUAUAGCUGAUAUCCAUUGCGAGCCUGGGAGAAGAUCUGACUGAGACUGCUGGAAGGUUUCCUUUUAUAUAACUCCAGAAAAUGCACUUUCUGCAGUUCUUUUACAGUGGAAGUUAGCAUCAUUUAUACUACCAGUAUCCCGAUGGAGCCACUGGUUUACAGUGUCAGCAGCAGUCAAAAGGCAAAAAUGUUAAUUUUUUGCAUCAUUACAACAAAUAACGAAUUAUAUGAAUUAUACCAUUAAGUAAAUCUAUAACCCUACCUAAUCCAACAGCAUUUGAUCUUAGCUUUCCUAUAAAUCACAUAUAGUGAUUCUUUUGUGUAAAUAUGGCAUUAGCAACUGUGGAAGCCAAUAGAGGAAUAAAAUAUAUAUAUUAAUAAAGGAAACCUGUAGCAGUCAAAGAUUUUACUGACUUACUGAAAACAAAAGAAUGAAUUAUGGGUUAGGGUGGUUUUUUUCCUUCUGUAAUUCUGCAUCUAAGUUCACAUAAAUCAUGAUUCUAGAAUGUGGAAUAUAAAGAUAUUGUUAUAUUCACAAGCUGGGAAUAUUGGUAAGAAUAAGCACUAUACUAUAGGUAUGAAAUUUAUUUCCUCCCUUUUCUUACGUUGAAUUUCUUUUUUAUUAUUAAGUUGAUAAAACUUUGUUUCCAUUGUAUUCAUAAUGUUCUGUUAUACAUAACAUUAAAAUGUUCAUUAAAAUCAA